AUGUCAAAGAAGGAAAUUGAUAGUUUGGUAAAAAGGUCGCCGGUAUUGCUAGCGUGCAGAGAAGAGAAUAUCCUACAAACAGCAGACUGGAUCCAAUAUUAUCUUCAACUCAACAAUGUCAAGACACUAAAGAAGAUUGUCAUCAAAUCUCCAGAUAUUUUGGGCUAUAGUGUCACAAUGCUAGAGGGGAAAAUGAAGUACUAUCAGGAAACAUUUGGUUGGACCAACACAGAACUAACAAAAGUCUUGACUACUACUUCUCGAAUUAUUAGCUAUUCCACAAAAGAGAACAUUGAGCCAAAACGACAGUGGCUAUGCAAUACAUUCAAUCAUGUAACCAAAGAUGAUGUCUCCAAGCUCAUCAAGAAGAGCCCAUUAGUACUGCUUGCCAACCUGAAUGACAUGGUUGACAGAUUGGAAUUCCUACAAGACCAGUUGGAACUCAAUUCAACCCAAGCAACGUGGAACUUGCUUUGGAAGGCUCCAAAUGUCUUGGCAUUGACAAAGGACACAUUGAAUGACAAGAUUAGUUGGUUCCAAUCAUCAUCAUCAUCAUCAUCGUCUUCCCUUGGCCUCACAAAAAAGGAAACUGCCAAACUGAUCAAAAGUCUACCCACAUUGCUUCACACUAGCAUCGACAACAAUUUGGAACCUACACUAAAGUGGCUCAACAAUCGCUUUGGCCAAGCAGCUGUAGUAAAAAGGAUGGUGACAGCUCUACCUGCCAUUCUGGCAUACAGCAUAGUAGAGAAAACAGAGCCACAACUGGAGUUUCUCCAAGUCACAUUCGGCCUCAAUAAUGCAAGUGAGCUCUCGAAUAUGACGUGCAAGUAUCCAUCCAUACUGGGCUACAACCAAGCCAGCAUGGAGGAAAAGAUACAGUUUUAUGCCACAUGUGUUGGAUCCAGGCCCGAUGCCCUUGACUUUAUCCGCCGAAAUCCACGUUUACUGGGUGCUAGUCUUGAUCAGCGGUUGAUUCCCAGAUGGAAUCAAGUCCUCGAAUUUGAGCUGCCAGAACAUGGGUUUACAGUCCCCAUAUCAAACCUUGCAGUGUAUUCCAAUGCCAAAUGGACACUGUAUUUGGAAAAGAGGAAGGGGAGGAUAUCAAACAUAACAGAAGAUGCAUCAGUGAUGUAG